AUGUACACCGACAAGGAAAUAGAGGAAGAGCUUGUGACCUGCAGUUUGCUGAACAAGCAUUUCGCCGAGCGAUGCACUGCUCACGGAUUCUCUCGGAUAGCGUCCACGGGCGACAACAGCCUUCGACGACUCAUCUGGAUAAUCAUCGUGAUCGUUGCGGUCGGCGGCUUUCUGUACCACAUCAGCUUUCUGACGAGCAACUACUUCUCGUACCCCAUCAUGACGGCGACCGAAGAGGUGCACGCGGAGGAGCUGCACUUCCCAGCCAUAACCGUGUGUAAUCUGAACAUCAUGCGCAAGAGUUCCUUCGACGACUACCUCAAGGACGUGGCCGCCAAAUCGGGGUUCCCGAUCACUACUACUACAGAGCGUCCGUACGGAAGUCUCAAGACCAAGACAAAGGACCUCUUCUCGCCGACUACCAAGGGCUACAGCUACGACGAUGAUACUGAGGUGUGCUACAAGACCGUCGAGGAGUUUCUCAAGACGAGUCGCACCAUGGACCUGAGCGACAUGUGGAUGAACUUCAUCGCCACCAAGGAGCAUCUGGUCAAGUUUGGUCACAAAGCCAACGAUCUUGUUGUUCAGUGCACUUACAACGCUCGCAACUGCUUCGACGAAACUCACUCCAUUCUGCGGGUGGACCCGUAUCCGUCUCCCCGGUACGGCCUCUGCCAGACCAUCAGGUUGGCCAACGAUUCCAUGCGUAAGAUACGCAAGACUGGACCUACACUCGGGCUACGCCUGACGCUCAACAUCGAACGCAGCGAGUACCUGGACAUCAUAUCGCCCGAAUUCGGAGCUCGACUCCUCAUCCACCCUCUGGGGACGGCACCGACUCUGGAGAGGGGCGGCAUCAUCCUGUCUCCAGGAAGCAAGAGCUACAUCAGCAUCAGGAUGCGAAAAAUCCAAAGGCUUCCUGAGCCCUACAGAGGCUGCAGCAAGAGUUUCAACGACAGCAAGAUAACUCCAUACCUCCGUAACCUCGGCCUGGAUGACUUGAUACAGCGUUCUUUAUACACCUUUGACUACUGCCAGACCCUGUGUCGCGAAGCCGCCCUGCUGCGCACGUGCGACUGCCUCGACGAGCUGUCCACCAACGGCCGAGCGUCCUGCGACCCGUGCAACGUCACUCAAGCGCGAUGCCGUACCCGCUACCUUCGUAGCUACACGUCUUCCACCGGCGGCCAACAGUGCAAGACCCUCUGCCUGCCAGAGUGCGUCGAGGUCAGAUACGACCUGACCACCUCACAGUCGGAGUGGCCGAACUUCCGCCAGCAGUCGUGGUCCAUCAAGCGCUGGCCACUGCUGAACAAGCGUCUGCAGGAUGCCGGCAUCCGGUGGCAGGAGGUGCUGAACGCUACCGAUGACCACGUCUUCGCGGAAGAACUCCAUUCCUUCAGGAGCAACUUCCUGAGGGUUCACAUCUACAUUCAAGAAAUGAACUACCUGUCAGUACGCGACCUUCCUGCUUACCCACUGCCGCAGUUGUUCGCGGAUCUCGGCGGUUGCCUGGGCCUCUACAUAGGCGUGUCAGCCAUCACCAUCUUCGAGUUCUUCGAACAUCUCCUUGCUCUGCUCCAUCACAUAGCAAACAAGUUCAUGGGCCGCGAAAAGAGAGCAUCCACGCCAUCUGCUGCCCGCGACUGGGACUCGGGAGUUAGCGUAAGCUCUCCCGAAGUCGAGAAACCUAAGUCGUGGUCCUUCUUGGUUCGGAACAAGGAAUACCCGCUACUGGCAGAGCCGCCCAGAUCUCUGUUCCGGACGGAAUAUUCGGGUCGGAGGGGCCAGGUCGCGCCCGUCAGAAAAUCUUUUUAUUUGGGCUACACUGUGCCAGAACAACCCGAGAGAGAUGGCGGAUUUUUCGGCAAGAGGUUUCACGCUUACAAUUCACAACAAACUUUGUAGUAAGCGCCGAUUGUUACCUUGCGACUGCUUUACGACCUGACAGAUGAGUGAUCAUAGUGGUGAACCUAAGACACCGGACCAGGCCAACACCUCUUUUACUUUGUUUCACUAAGUCCGAGGACACCCAACGGUACGAGUCGAGGGAACCAAUACGAAGUUUUCGUAGAUCGUUUCCAACGUUCCGCCAACGUUUCGUUGAAAUACUUACUUUUUUAUCCCUGAAAAAGGUAAGUCUCUCAGCGAAACGUCCGUUAACACUCAGAAGCUGGAAGGAGAUUCCUUUGAACUUCUUACCAGCUUCGUUUCAGUUCCUUCCAGCUUCCCUUCCAGGUAUAUUGAAUUCACUUGGCACACUGAAGUCCUGCCUCGUAGGGAAACCACAUCGGUCAAUCUAAUAUAUCUGCGUCACCUUGUCGUGUAAUAAACGCACCACACACCCAGAAUGUUUAAAGCGAGCAAUAUGAUUUGAACUAUUAUCUCUCGCAAAUUUUCGUCACAUUUUCAUGUUUCAUGCUCAGCAACACUUCAUUAAAAUCAUGCAGUAGCUAUCUCCGCGUUUCAUGUCUUCGACUCCGUCCGUUCUUUGAAUGCAGAUGGACACUAGAGUGUGUAAUCA